AUGAACAAUAAUUUCCACACAUUUUACUACACUGGGUCAAACGCCGCCUUGAGAUUAACACGAGCUUCCAAGAAACCAGCAGCAGUUCAAGAUAGAUUAAAUGGUGCUGUAAUAGGUGGGAUGUACUGGCUGACACUGGUGGACUGGUACUGUGCGUCGUUCACCGUCAUUGUUAUUUGUUUCUGCCAGAUAUGCAUAUUCAGUUACAUCUAUGGUACUGGUCGAAUUAUACAAGAUUUCCAGUUGAUGAUCGGGCGUCGGAUUAGCUACGUGUGGUGGAUCAUUUGGAUGGCUGUCACUCCGCCUGUGCUCCUUUGCAUCCUCGCGAACACUGCGCUCGGUCACUCGGGCGCAGGAUACCGAGGUCGUGCCUUCCCGACCUGGGCUCAGAGCAUCGGCUGGGUCAUGGUCUUCGCAUCCAUCCUGCUCAUUCCGGCCUACUUCCUCUAUUACUUUUGUUGCCGGACUGCAGGCUCGUUCAGACAGCGGAUGACGGCCUGCCUGUCUCCAUCUCCUGCUUGGGGUCCGGCCCAGGAAACACACCGGCAAGAGUGGCAUCAGUACCGCCUCAAACACCCGUUGCGUCACCGGCUCAUUCAUCCGGACCUUUGUGCUACGGAGACCAGUACCUCGCCGGAUGAUGUUUUGCUGAAUACUUUAUAAAUAGAAGUUUUGAUAUCGUUGGGUUUAGCCCAAAUGGCAAACCCUUUCAUCCAUAUGCACAUUCGUAUGCACCUUCCUUAUGUCUUACCUACAGAAAUCAUAACUUCUUUUUGACAUACAUACAUUGACAUUGAACUUAGAUUAUUCACGUUUUUGACUAACUGUUCGAUUAUAUAUAGGUUUCUAUUAAAAUUUGAUUGUUGCA